UUUGAAUAAACAUAUUUCGUCCUUUAAUCAAAUGAUACUAGAGACCUAAUAACUAAUUCUCCACUAAUUAACUAUAAAAGGAGAAAUUGUAAAAUUUUGCUUGGGUCAUUCUGUAUCUGUUAGUACAUAUGUGCAUAAUACUGUCAUUUUUUUAACAGAUGUCUGUCGUGUCAUCAAGAGUCAGUAGCGUUUCAUCAAUUCUAAAGAAUGGUGUUAGAUCACAGCUGCUUAGACAAUCGAAUAGAGUAUACUUUAAACUUCCUCAAGAUUUAAGAAAUAUUAUUUAUAAUUUUGAAGCUGGGAGUGGAGCAAAGGAUUAUGAAGAAUUGAUAUGUAUUUUAAGAGAUUCUAUUAUAAAGGACAAGGAUUUAAUUGAAUUCUUAUCAAAUGUAAGACAGUGUAUAUCAUUACUUGGACCUAUACAUAAAGUAUUCAUAGAAACCCUUUUACAAAUGAAAUGGAUGAAUCGUCCAUCGGACGUAACGUCUGCUUACAAAGCGUUCUUAGAGGAUUUAAUAUGCAUGCAAAUUCAUUACGCGAAGAACGUGAUAGACAAUUUAGUUGAACAAUUUAAACCAGAUAAAGACGAUGAUGCGAAGUGGCAAAACGGAGAAUGUAGCGCGGAAGACAUUCAACGGUUAAAUCAUAUACACGAUGUCCUCCAAAAAAUUUUAAAAGUUGUUCCAAUGUCGAGCAAACUUCUGCUGCAAUCCGUGAGAGCAAGAUACCCGUAUAUCAUUCACGGGACUCACACACAUCAAGUUUAUGUUUACGCCUUGAUUCAGAUAUUAGACUAUGCUCCACAGUUGAGGUCCGAUAUUCUGUCCCUAAUUAUCAAUAGGUUAAUGGUAUUAGACGUGAACAUACCACGUUUAGAAGUAGAUAAUGAAGAGGACGAUAUAAUGGACGAUAGUAGUGAAUGUGAUAGUACAACUGGUAAUGAGAACAAUGCUCUUGAUAAUGAGGAAACUAGUGCGCUAACAGAAUCAGAUAAAAUGCAUCCAAUAGCUAAUAAAUUGGACGUAUGUAUGGAACUGAUUCUGAAAUAUAUGCACGACUUUUGUUUCCUGAACAAUGUCUUGCAGAUAGAGUGCUUGAAAAGUCUUUAUACCGAUACGUUGAAAAUAUUCGAAACGGUAGUAUUACCGACUCACGCGAGCCAAUACGUCCAGUAUAUUAUGUUCUAUAUUUGUAGUUUUAAAACAGCUGUUGUGGAGGCUUUUGUAGAUUGGCUCUGGCGUAAAACCUCCAAUCCUAACGCCCCUUCCGUUAUACGGCAGUCGUCCGUCGCGUACAUCGCUAAUUUAUCAGUCACAGCCACUUUUAUCACUACCGGACUGGUGGAAGCGCUACAAUUUAAAAUGUGUACAUGGAUACAUAAUUACAUCAAUGCGCAAGAUCAUUCAAAUUACAUACAAGACGAAAAUAAAGAGCAUACUGUAUUCUACGCUAUUUGUCAAGCAUUGUUCCUUAUGAUCGCUGAAAGACAUAAGGAUUAUCCGGAUUCCAAGAAAUAUAUGACGUAUCUGCAAGAAUUGGAUUUAGCAAAAAUCAUCACUUGUAAGUUAAAUCCAUUGAAGUCUUGCCAUCCGGAAAUCGUGCAUAAUUUCGCUGAGGUCACUCGCAUAUAUCAAUUGGCAUACUGUUAUACCAUAAUUGAAAACAAUACACGGAAUCAACUCCCAUUAUUUAAUACUAAAAAGUCUAUACCAACUACGGUUGAAAACUUUUUCCCAUUUAGUUCUUAUAUGCUACAACGAAGCGGACAUCGUAUAAUUCCUUUAUUGCGGGACAAUAUAAGUAGUAGUGAACAUAGAACAACUGCGAUUAAAUACAGAGAAGAUGACGAGUAUAUGACUGAAUAUUAGGCGAAUAUUAUAAUUAAUAUUUACUAACAGUUGAAAACAAAUCUGAUGAAUAAUUCAUAAAUUAUAAAACAAUGUAUCUUUGGUUUUUGAGUAAAGAUUAAUAUUUAAGAACA